AUGAAACGAGUUGUGAUUGGAAUGUCGGGCGGUGUCGAUAGUGCAGUUUCAGCAUAUUUGUUGAAAAAGAGAGGAUUUGAUGUGAUUGGAGUUCACAUGGUGAGGAAUUUCCAGAUUUUAAAAAUACAGGACUUUUUUCCAGAUAAAUUGGGAUCCGCUGGAAGAGGGAACAUCGAAUUGUCCAAGAACUAAAGAUGAAAGUGAUGCACGAGCGGUUUGUGAGUUUUUUGAAAAGGAAUUUUAUUGUUAGUCCAGAAUAUUUUCAAGAAGCUGUACUUUCUGCAAAAUAAAAUAUUAACAAUCAAAAAUUCAAUAGAAAACCGGAAAUUUUGCAUAGUUUUUAAAUUUUUAUUCACAUGUUUCAAAGUUAUUCUCCUCCUCGAAAUCCAUUUUAUCGAUCUUAUUCCAAAUCGAAACAGCUGAAUUUUUGUGAUGCAAAAUUGAAAAUAACUUCCGAUCGAAUCCAAAAUAUCAGCAAUUUUUGUUUGAAAAAUUCUCACGUGAAAAAUCUAGGUCAAAUAAUAAAUUUUGAAAAUAAUUUACCAAUUAAAAAAUACGUGACCUAGUUUAAUCCACGUUUUUUUCUCCUAACCCAAAAAAAAAUUAGAGGAACCCUCAUUUAUUAUUUUUUGGGAUAUGAGAACACCCCGCUAAAUUUUUUUGUUCAAAAAUUGGAAAUCACACUAACCUAGCUUACAAGGCCAGCUUACCUGACCUAAUCUCAAAAAGGGAGAGGCGGUAACUACGGUUGUUAGCCCCCAAUUUGCCGACAAAUCGGGGUUACACCUUCUCGCCAUCGGUGAGGCCAACCUUUUGAGAAGGCCCCCUCCCUUUCCCAUGUGAAAGAUCCUCGGAGGAGAUUCGGGGGCCGUGUCCCGAAUCUAUCGAUCUCGAUCUGUUAUGAAAAUCUGAAACCCGCCGUCCCGGACCGAAGGCUUAUUAGUUCGUCGUCGUCGAUCUCCUCCAUCAUAUGCCUCUAGUUCACCUAGCAACUAUACACAAACAAUUACCCCAGAUACCCAAGAAAUUUGGUAGAAGUUUGGGAAUAAAGUUUGAAUAUAUACCGAGGUAUAUAUUCAAACUUGACAAUCCUGCCACAUCAGACGACAAUACGCCCGGUAGCGCUAUCGGUUUUUGAUUUUUUCUAUGAAGUUAAACUAAAAAAAAGUCGUAAGUAAGAUUUUUUUGUUUUUGAAUUUAGAUAUGAUAAAUGAAAAGUAGUGAAAAUAAAUAUAGUUAACUACGAGUGUUGAAAAAAGAAACGCAAAGUCGCCUGAUAUUUCGGAUCGUGUUGGAUAGAUUUAAAGGAAUUGGACAAGAGCAUGUGUAAAAGUUGCUUCCCAGCAACUUUGUCUCAAGCCAACCCGUGAAUUUAGCAUAACCCCCGAAGAGGAUUGUGCGGUAUCUGAGAAGUUUGUGUACAGCGCCCCGUUGCCGGGCCUCACGUAAGAAAACACGGUCCUAGGCUGGUUCAAACCAGAGGUCCGGUUUGUUUCGAUUGCCAUGCCAGCCAGAAGAAGCCCCCGGUCCACCUGAAAAGAAACCUCCCAAAAAUCACCUCACCUCCUCCUUCCUCGUCGUCGUCGAUGAUCGAUGAAUCCAGCCAAUAUCUCCUGAGGUAACCUGGCAGACUGGAUCCCCAGACACGAAGUUACUUACUUAUUUUUGAAAUUGUUAUUUUUUUUUUAAAUUUAGUUACUUACUUACUUAUUUAACCUAACACCGGACAUUAAUACGCCCGAUAGCGCUACCGUAAUGGUUUUUUGAGUAGUUAUUUUUUAGUUUUUUGAAUUAUGUUUUAAUUGAAAAGGUUAGAUUCAAAAGAACGUAUAUAAUGCCGGUAAUUGUUUCGUGCCUGAGAAUUUUAAACCAAUCCGCCCCUUGCGCGGGCCUCCAGUAAAACCUUCCUCGGCUGGUUACCGGGAGUUCCCUUUCGUACUGUCAUAACAUUCCCGCAUUAUUGAUUUCCGCCAUUUGCCAAACGAUUGUUGUCGAAUACUGGCAGUUUGUGAGGUACUUUUUUUGCUAGGUACUUUUUUUGUUGAGAUUCACGUGAAAGAUAACAAUUAAAGGUCACGUUAUUUUAGAAUUUCAGCCAAAAUUGAUCAUUUUUUGUUUUUGAACAACUGAAAUUGAAAAAAUUAAAAAAUGAGCUAAUAUUUUUCUUUCAUGAAAAUAGUUUUAAAAAAAAACCUCACAAAUUUUCCAGGCGCCAAACUCGAAAUCCCAUUCCACACAGUCAAUUUCGUCAAAGAAUAUUGGUCAGAAGUAUUCCUAAAAUUUCUCGAAAACUACAAAAUCGGUCGAACAACAGUUCCAGACAUCGAAUGCAAUCGAUCAAUAAAAUUCGAACAUUUUCACAAUCGAAUGAUUCAAGAAUUUGAUGCUGAUUUUAUAGCAACAGGACAUUAUGCUUCAACUUCUUUCGGGGAUUUUCAAGAAAAACAAAAUGAGAAACUUCGUGUGGAACUUUUGACAGCCAAAGAUCCGAUCAAAGAUCAAACUUAUUUUCUAAGCACAGUUCGGCAGGAACAAUUGAAACGAUCGAUAUUUCCACUUGGUGGAAUGUUGAAAACUGAUGUGAAAAAAAUUGCAGAGGAAUUAGGAUUGUAUACUGUUGCCAAGAAAGCUGAGGUUAUUUUUCAAGGAAAAAAUGUUUUUUUCUGGAAAAAAAUCGAAUUUUUCUAGAGCAUGGGUAUUUGUUUUGUUGGAAAGAAAGCGAAAUUCGAUGAAUUUAUCGAUGAAUACAUUGAAGAGAAAAAAGGAAAAAUUAUCGCAGAAUCCGGAGAAAUUAUUGGGGAACAUAACGGAAUUCAUCAUUUCACAAUCGGAAAACGAAUCCAUGGAAAAUAUUUGAGAAAAUUGAGUCAUUUUGGAUAUUUUGUAUCAGAUAUUGAAAUAUCUUCAAAUAAUAUUUUGGCUGUUGAAGGUUCACAUAAUCCAAAACUCUAUGCGACGAAAUUUGAAAUCGAGAAACCGAAUUGGAUUUCUGGGAGAGAAGAUGAGGAUUUGGAUUUGGAUUCAGUGACGUGUCGAAUUCAACGAACACAUCCAGCAAUUCCAUGUUCAUCGGAAAAUCUUGGGAAUUCGAGGAUCUUAGUGAUACCGCGUGUGCCAUUGAGAGCUGCUGCACCUGGACAGGUUCGUCGAAAAUUUUCAGUCAAGAAAGUUCCACGUUUUGGCGCCAAAAAUAGGCUAUAGUAAACCGGGAAAAAAUACGUUUCAAAAUUGGGAUAAUAUUUUAGUGAAAAUUUGAAUAUUUACUGUUGUCGGGAAAGUAUAAAAAAUUUUCUUUGAAAAAAUCCAAAAAAAAUUCCACGUGGAUUUUUUUGUCGCCUAGAUUUCUUAAUUUCUCAAAAAUUUUCAAACUAUGAAAUUUUGAAGUUUUUCAUGUUUAAAAUUAUGGAUGUUUCUAGCUAAAAUUUAUUUUUUUUAAUUUGGAUUUUUCGAACCAAUAUCCAAAUUUCCAAAAAAUCGACUGAAAUUUCAAGAAUUCAAAAAAUUCCAAUAUUUUUCAGAUGUGUGUUUUCUACAAAGGCAACAUUUGUUUGGGCGGUGGAGAAGUUCAAAAAAUCAUCGAAACACUAUGA